GUUUCCGACAUAUUGGAACACUCGGAAGUGGUUGGUAAAAUCCCUCAAACACUUAUUUAUAUAUUGGUUGCCGCUAUGGCAGCUGCAAUGGAUUGUAUUAUAAAGUCGGCGAAUACUUAGCUAUGUUAUAUUCUGAAGAGAAACCAAACCUGCUACGCGACAAGACUUGCGCCAUAUUUGUCCCCCCACUCCCGUAGUUAAGAAUGCGCUUGCGCAAACUCCUGUCAGCGCAAACAUGGCGGCCUCCUUCCUAGGAAGGACAGGCGUUAGAGUUCUCAGAGCUGCAGUAAGAGUCCAGCACCGAUGCAGUGGGUCUGCUUCCAGCGUGAAAUCAGAGUACCCAGGCAUUGUAGAAUCCCGUGAUGAAUAUCACUUUGUAGAGAGACUUAUACCUCCUACACAAGUCCCAAACCCUCCAAAACACUCCGCUCCAACGCCUUCAGGAUGGAUCCCACCGAAAGAGCUACCUCCUCAGCUUCCGUAUUUCGUACGGCGUUCUCGAAUGCAUAACAUCCCUGUCUACACAGAUAUCACUCAUGGCAACCGUCACAUGACUGUCGUCCGCAAGAUAGAGGGGGAUAUAUGGGCCUUGGAACUGGAAGUACGAAAUUUUCUGACAGAACUCACUGGGAAGACUCCUCCUACACAAGUCAAUGAGAUCAGUCGCACAAUCAGAAUAAAAGGAUACCAUGACAAAGAACUGCGGACAUGGCUUGCAGAAAAGGGAUUCUGAGUGAGAACAAAAGGUGACUAUUAUUUGGGCAGAUUUUUCCCCCCCCCCCACUGAUGCCAUAAAACUGGAGCACAAAGCAGAGUGACACACGCCAAAAAAAAACAAAAAACCUUGAAGAGCUGGAAGGGGAGAGACCUUAUGAUUCUGAACAUUAUGAAAAUAUUCCACUGUCUGUGCUCAGUUGUUUCAGCAAAUAAAUUGUUAUAACAGUUUGUA